AUGCACACAACUGCUCGCAGUGGUCCACCCAAAGGCUCCAUUCGCGCCCGCACCACCGCUUUGAGCUCCGAACGUCUCGCGCAUACCAGCAAUGGGCAUCGCCCAUCAACCGACAGCUACGCUACCUCUCUUGCACAUAGAUCCUCCCUGGACCACUCAGAGGCGCAAGCUGAGGAUGGUGCAUCACUUCGAGAGACCUAUACCGAUGAGGUGGCGCGAGAAGCGGCCGAUAGGCAUGGACAGCGCGGACCAGCGCAGCCACGAACCGAUAGCAGCGUCGAAUUGCCGUCAAGCCUGUGCUCGCGGCAAAGGGAAGAGUCAUACCAAUCACGCGAAAGGAGGCGCUCAUUACAGGAUCCCUUCCUCAAAGGUGCUUUCAUCAGACCACUCGACCCAGCAGCCCAUACCACCCAUCUUCAAUAUCGCGGCAGCACAAGUGGCAUGGCUGUAGCAUCAGGCUCGUUCGAGCCGUAUCUGCCGCCUCCCAAGUUGUCUCGCUUGCGCUCCUCAUCUAGUGCUGGUACGAGCCACACGCCGCGGGAUGGCAUCCCGGACAUGGGACAAUGGGGUCCAGACGCAUCUACGCGGGGAGGCACGAGUCGAACCAGAGCAGCUUGGGCAGGUCCGCCUCACCACGCUUCAGAAUCAACGGGUUUCUUGCACGACGCCGCCACCACAACGCGAAGCUCGAGAUCUCGCACUGAGAGCUCGCAAGGCGCUUCUUCGCGAGGUGAUGAGAGAAACAGAUAUGCAUCGGCAUCCACUGCACUGACAGAGGAUCGCCCUCAUCACCAUUGGACGGAGACCUUUGAUGAUUCUCGCUUCGCGGGUGCGGGUCUGGAGGGGGUGUACGAUGAGCGCAGAGGGACAAAAAUGGUGUCAUCGCGCGAACCCAGAAUGACUGCUGAACCCUUGCCGCACUACCUCGCGUCCAUUCGAAACCUGAGAGGUUCUCAACGGCUCUCAGAAGCCAUAGGAACGGGCCCAGACAUUUGUGGAAUGGAGGAACUUUUCGCCUACAACGAGAUCAUAGAUGUGACAAUUCCGGAAAUCAUCAUCGACAGGCUCUUUGCCUUAUACUGGAUGACCUGCGCCAUGCACUGGCCCUUGCUCUACAAGCCCAAGAUUCCCGUGAAGAACGGCGUGCCUCAGAUCAGCGAAAAGGAGGAGCCGCUGCUGUUUAAUGCCAUCUGCGCAUUGGUGAGCGCAUCCAUCGAUGACGAGACGGAAUCUGCUCUGCUUCAAGAUCAGGCCGCUCGUGCCGCAAGCGAAGCGUCAGGCUUGGCGAAUGGCAGCGGAGACUCUCUCAAGCCAGUAACCUCGCGGGAGAUCAGCACCAUCUUCUUUGUCAGAGCUAAAUACUUUCUCAUGCGCAUCAACCACGAAUCGUCCCUCUCCAAUGUCGCAGCUCUCAUGUUCAUGGCUCUGCACGAAUGCGGUGCGGGGCGAAUGUCGCAGUGUGCCCAGUAUUCUGGUGCAGCAAGCAGGAUGAGCCUGGACAUUGGUUUGCACCGCCACCUGGACGUCUCUAGAGCCUUGGGUCAUUCGUACAGCGUCGCCGAAGAUCAAUGCAGACGUCGCCUCUUUUGGGGCUGCUACAUGAUGGAUAAAUGCCUCAGCUUACAACUGGGUCGCCCGCCUAUCCUGCGUGACGUCGAGACGGAUUGCCCCUUUCCAUCGGCGGACGAAAAGUUUUCUCCAGAUGAGAAGGAGCUCUGGACGGAUGGACCUGGCGCCGCCAUGUUUUUCAGACCGCCGACUCUGUGGAAGCUCAGGGAUGCAAAACCGCGAAGCAUCACCUUUCAAAUUGCUGGAGCCAAGUUGGCUCAAUGUGCGGAAGGCGUAAUUGCUCAGGUAAGAAAUGAUCCCAACGACCGCUGUCUGACCGGUCGAGCAGGCCCUUGCUUACUUGAAGCUCCCCUUGCGCCUGCAGUACAACACAAUUCACAGCAAGGUCGAUCCAGCGAAACGCGAGCCAACCGGCAAAGCUGUAGCGCGCUGUCAUCGAGAUUUGGUGAGAUGGAGAGAAGAAAUGCCAAGCUGUCUCGAUAUUAGCAGGAGCGAGAAUCAGAUGCCGCAACUGCUAAGUCAAUAUUUGUGGUGGAGGGCCAUCAUGAUUGUGCUUCAUCGGCCUUACAUCAAAACGAAGUUUCCGGAGCACCACGGCGAUAUGCCCUCCUCGCACGUCGUCUGCUCCGAAAGUGCUCGCGAUAUAUGCCAGCUGUUCCAGCUGUACGAAGAGACAUUCGAUAUACGCAAGUCGUCGACUUUGCUCGUGUACGUGCUGUACACCUCGGCAACCAUUUCCCUCGCAAACACCACCUCGCCCGACCCCGUCGUGGUUGCGGAAGCCAAGCAACAGCUAGAACAGACGCUGCGGUGGCUGGGGAAAAUGGGCAAGUCGUGGAGUGCAGCGGAACAUCAUCGUCAAGUCGUUGCAGCUUUAUUGGAGCGGAAGAGCGAGGAGUCAGCUGGGAAAAGUCAGGCGAAGAAUGGGGUUGCUCGAGAGCGCGCAUCUGGUCAGCAGUCGGCGCCCCGCGAGGCCAAUGAUUCGGGUCUCGAGCCGAUGGAGAGCAAAAUCCAGGUGGCACCUCUAGUGUCGCUGCCAGAACAGCACGCUCGACGCGCUGUGCUCGCUGAGAUGCCACUAGCCCCAGCGCUAGGACCUCCUGAUUUCUCAACAGGCUUUCAGAGCUUUAGCUCGAAUUCUGCCAGUGCUCCAACCACCGCUGCGUUCCCGGAUGCAGCAUCUUCAGUCCAGCGCACAGCUCGCACAUUCAUUCAAGACUACAUCGACUUUAGCCCAGAUUGGAGCGUGCCGCAGCAAGACGGUUCGCAGGCACCCUACAUGGGCAGUCCGAACGACUUUUCGGACGCGCAAUCUUACCUGCGUGCUGCUGACCAGUAUAUGGGUGCUGUGCCCCUGGCGCAUCAAGAUCGAUUCCCUUGGCUUAAUUUCCAGUCCGAGUGAGUUUAGCAUGACCCCUUUGACCAUCUUUGAAAUGGCCGCGAUCGCGAUGCUGAGCACAGAAUGUUUCUGCGCGCGCGCCUCCCCCAUCAUCCAGCUACCUGAACGCUUUUGCUCAGCUGAGUGUUCCGCCUACGGACGCGUCCAUGCUUGGAAGCGCCGUUGCUCCAACUCUCGAACGUCCCUCGGCACCACCGAGCGCGACGGCUCCCAUCGCGCCUAACGCGGACCCUGUAAAUGCAUCUUCUCGACCAAGUGACGGGCCGAUCAGGUGGGCCAUGGAUUCUGCUUUAUCGGACGCUAUGCCACGAUGA